GCGCAGAUGGAGCUGAUGCGAAAAGUAGAAGUCCGCCAUCGUAUAAUUCGCCGCACAGGACGAGUACGACAACGUCUACAAAAACUACUUCCAAGCGAAACACCAAAGUUUUCGAGUUUGAAAACGGGGCGGAUGAACUCACCUACGCUUUCUUGAAACAAUCCUCCUGCAUUGAGUACUUGCAAUAUGACAGUGCACAACUCCCCUCGUCUGUAUGGUAUGAAUAGCAAUACACACACCAGCGCACAUGGAGCCUAUGCAUGACAAAUCUAUGUACCUAAUCUAGUGCUGUUUAACGGGCUUCCAGAAUUUGUCAUGCAUAAUAGUGAUACAAGGGAACAACUGGAAUAUUGGAUUUUGCAUGAGAAAUGAGAACGAGGGAGAGUUGUGCACUUCCAUAUGCAACUCGAGUCGCAAAACACGGUUUCGGAAACAAACAAGUUCAAACGGCUCAUCUAUUACAAUGAAAAAUGCCCCCACCCCAGAAUUUGCAAAAGUUUCUCAUGCAUAAGGUUUUCAAAUGCAGAGCUUUUUAUCUAUGCAUGACAGGACUACGAGCCUUUCUGAUGCAGAAUCUAGUCAUGUCGUGCGAGGCAUCUUUUGCAUAACAGACCCGGCUGCUGUUGGGCUCCUUUGCAACACAAAUUUGAGCUAUUCAGCAUGAAAAAUUUGUGAUGCUAAGAUAUGCAAGACGACGAAUGUUUCAUUUGGAAAGGUUUGCAAUACAAAUGUUCCCAAGUUCUGGGGGGGGGCAUUUUUCAUGGUAAUAUCAUCACCGAGGCCGGGGUGUUAUGAACUGCAAAAGUAUAAGUAUCGUAUUCGUAUAAAUGCAUUACAAAUUUCCUCAGCAUGAGAAAUAAAAUUUGUAAUGCAAAUUUACCUUAACAAAAGGAUUUGUAAUGCAUGAUUGCAAAACGAGUACGAUACUUUUGCACAGAAUAGGUGUGCACGACUUCGGAAACUUGGACCAGGAGCGAAGAUAUGAAUUGCAAAAGUGUCGUACUAGAAGUAGUAGUUGCAAUAUAAAUUCGCUUAGCAUGACAAAUGGAAUUUGUCAUGCUGAUUUGCCUUGGGAACCAGAUUUGUAAUGCAUGACUGCGAUUACUUUUACUACGAGUACGAUACUUUUGCACAGGAUAGAAGAGGAGGGGCUGCAGGUGGCUCACAUGGCGUACAACCGGUUCUUGUUUUACAAGUAUGAGAGUGCUGCACAACUCCCCCUCCCCCUCAUUUGUAUUGCAUGGACAGCAAUACAAACACCCGCACCUGUGGGGCCUGUGCAUGAGAAGUCUUCCAUGCGCGUACUGUAGUACUGUCAGGGCAGCUUCCGGAAUCUGUCAUGCAAACAGUACCACAGAGCAGCAAGUGGAUUUGGCAUUUUGCAUGACAAAUCAGGGGGAGGGGGAGUUGUGCACUGUCACAACAAGCGGGACCAGGACGAGAAAGAGAAACUCAAACUGCAAGAAGAACUACAAAGGGAGAAAUUACGGAAGCGACUGGAACAUCAAAGCGCAGCCGAGAAAAAUCCUCCUUGGAAGGAGCACCAGCAUAAAAACCAUAAUACUAUGCCGAAUCUGUUAGAAAAAGAUGAGCCAUUUACAUUUUCGCUGCAUCAAGAUGUCCGUCGUGAAGUGGUAGAGCCAGAACAGCAGAGGAAGCCCAGUAUCAAAUGCAAAAAUGUCUGGGUCUGGAAGAAUGCAGCUUGUGAUGCUGCAUUUGGAUUCCAAAAAGAUCGGUAUCGCAUGAGCAGCAAAGGGAACGCAUUUUUUGCUACGCGGAGAAGGCAUUUGUCAUGCCGAAUAGGCAUCAAGAAGCCCUCAAAAAAUCUGUGAUGCUAGGGCAUGCAUCACAGACAUCAUGGCUCAUGCAACACGUGCGUGACUUGUCUCAGAAUCUUCCAGACCCAGACAUUUUUACAGUUGAUACCCAGUAAAGAAGUGCGAUUUUUUACUGAACCAGCAAUGGACCACCACCUUCACAUCGUGCAAGAACCACCGCAGCAACUGCUUGCAAGAGGUGAAGACGGCUUUAAUACUGUUUCGUGCGUCGAGGGCAGCAAGAAGCUCGAUUGUGGUGCUGUAAUUAUUCCGGGUAGUACGACGUCGACAAGUACUAGCUAUUACAGCGCCGCUGAUCCUCCACCAGGCGCAGCAGGCCCGCUUUUACUACACGAGGAGCACAAGUCUUUGCAUCAGAAUUGUCACAACAAGGUUGAUGACCUUAUGGCCGACCUCAAGUCCAUCUCAAAACGGAAUGAAACACUUCACCUAACACCUUCAGAGGAGAUGGAUGCAGAAUCAUGUCUCCUUGACCUGCAGCUUCCGUUCCCGCGCCAAAUUACCGGCUCCACGGCCGCGCCAGCGAGCUCGAUCGCGACUUUCAGGUCGACAAAUAUCCUAUGUAAAAACGUCCCCACACCAUAGUCAAGAUGGGAAGUCUGCAACACAAAUCCCCAAGUUUUGGGGGUUCUGCAUGACAAGUUUCCAUCUGCAGUGUAGUACUGGCUGGCAAGGAAAGCCGCAUGACAAAGCCAUUUUCUCGUCCUGUUUACAGCAUUACAAAUUCCAAAACACGACUGGAAAUGCCUCUCAUGGAAGUGCGCAUUACAAAUCUUCCUGUCAUUGCACAUUUGCAUGACAACUCUGGGGUGGGGACGUUUUUACACAGGAUAACAAAUGCCCAUAAUUCAUCUCCUCAUGAUCCCGGAGGUCCCCCUUGUAGUUCCACGUCGCGCGACCCCCGCUAUCAAAUGUAAAAAUGUCUGGGUCUGGAAGGAUGCAGAGGUUUGUGAUGCAGCUGUGGCAUGACCCAGAAGGGCUACCAUGCACGCCCCAGCAUCACAAGUUUUUAGAAGGUUUCUUAAUGCGUAAUCCGCAUGACAAGGCCCUUCUUUCGGUGGCCAGAAAUGUGCAGCUUUUGGCUUCCAUGCAUGACAGAUUUUUGAGUCAUGUGAAAUGCGGAUCGCAAGUUCGCAUCCUUCCAGACCCAGACACUUUUUCAGUUCAGACCCGCGUAGGUGGAGCGACGAGGACUCUGCGGCGUACAAGCACAAGCGACAACUUCCUGGCUGCGGAGGAUGAUGAAUCAGGCAGGAACGGUG